AUGCGACCAUCUCAAACAGAGCCAUUCGCCUCCCUGAGAGGCGAGCGAGGUGAACAUCGGACUCCCUGGACCACAGAAUCCUAUCCGGGACCCCAAGUGAAUGCCAGUAUUCGAGGCAUACGUUCUGAAGACUCGUGGGUUGAAAUUUCAUCACGGGCUUCGUCGGCCUCCUUAUCGUCCACCAACAACGAUAUCAUCACUACCGGACUACAACUGCAGUCUCAGGACGAGCGGCUAUCGCGUCAACUUCAAACCUCCCCACACGCCGACCAUCCUCAGCCGCGGUCUACAAGCGCUGCUGGAAGUAGCCAAGAUGAAUAUGAGGAGAGCGAGAGUGAAAGUGACCGGGUUCUCAGUAGCUCCAACGAAGACGUCUAUCAAGGCGACGUCACAGAGGAUGACGAUACCUCCACGGCACUUGGUGUUGGCAGUCUAGACAAGAUCUUCACGCCCCAACCGAAUGCGUUUUCGCACCCACCCUCGUCCACCGCUCGAACUGCACCAGACUCAUAUUUCCCUCCGAACGCGGCAGCGGCAUCUGAGCCAGGUGCUGAUCGCACACUCACUCAGCGCAGCUACCAGCGUCAAAUGCAGUCAAGAAAUCGUCCUGCUUCAUCGUCCUCAUACCAGCCAGACCAUGAUGCGGCAUUGCGAGCCUCCUUGACAACUCUCCUCUCGUGUGCCGCUGCAGUUCGGCCCAAAGGCCCUGAUGCCAGGCCACCUCAGCAACGAGCGUCGACGCACCCAACGACUCUGCGACUUGUCCCAGAAUCAGAGCUCGAGAGUCCGCCUCGACAGAGACGUACUUCUUCUCCCAACAAGCAGACCAAGCGGAAAUCGCGCGAAUCAAGCAAAGAUCGACACGCCGCGAAGAAAGUCCGGGCUGCCAGCGCCAAAGCGACCGCGACCGCGAACGCCACUGGCGAAGAGCUGAUCAGCCCAACCCUCGCUUCGUGGAUGAUUUCCGCCGGUGUAGUGCUCGUGUUCUCGGCCAUCAGUUUCAGUGCGGGAUAUGCUUGGGGGCGAGAGGUCGGAAGGAUCGAGGGCGAGAUGGGUCUCCCUGGUGGAAGCUGUGCACAAGAGUCAAUGAGGUCGAGCGGAAACGGCCUCAGAAGGCUGAGAUGGAGUUCGGCGGCAAGCAGUAUACGCGCUUAA